AUGUCAAAGUCAUGGCCUGCGGGUAUAACCGCACCACUUACGGUGGACAAUGAGUAUAACCACAGCGGAUUGAUCGUUGUACUGACUGCCUUCACUCUGGUUCUAUUCAUUGUUGCUAUUGCAGCACGGAUCAACUCAUCUUCUCAGAAAGCCAGUUUUCAGCCAGACGAUUUUGCCUUCGCUGCGCUCGUGACGGCAGCAUUCAUUCAGGUUUCCUUGGUGUUCGGGCAAGUCCAUUAUGGGUGGGGAACUCGGAUGAAGAGUAUCGAUGCAGGGAGCAAGGAGCAAAUGCUAAAGGUAGAGUUGACCUGCAAUGGGAUGAUUAAGGAUUAUACACUCACACUUCCAAAGCUAGGAUAUGCGGCCGACAUCUUCGCCGUGAUCACUUUGGGUCUUUCAAAAGUGACCACUUGCUUGUUUUAUGAAGGGCUUUUCUCUCAGAUGCAGCGUCGAUUUAUUCGUUCCAUUCUUUUAAGCGUCACUGUUUGGACCGUGCUUGCUGUGUUGCUAUUGGCAAUUCGGUGUACCUCCAAGCCUUGGAACGACAUAGAUACCGCGCAGUGCAGUGGUUUGCUCGCCCGCUGGGAAGCCGUCACCGUCAUCGAUGUUAUCACCGAAGUGCUACUCCUCGUUUUUGCUGGACUUGCCAUCAGCAAAGUCAAAAUCUCUACGAAGAAAAGAAUCAUUGUAUUUUGUGCUCUGGAGAGUAGAAUUCUGCUCAUCCCCAUGUCCGCUGUCCGUGCCCACUUGGUCAAGAUCCAGCUUGAGUCAACGGAUCCAACCCUUUCCGGGUCCUAUGCCACAGCCAUUACCGAAAUAUACCUAGCUCUCAGUGUGACCUGCCUAUUAACGGCAUUCGCGAAAUCUUUCAUUGCGGUCUACGAGGACGAAAAUGGGAUCUCCUACAGGUAUCGGGAGCCCACCACCAAGUCGGAUUCAAAAGGGACUUCUCAGCUGGGCUCGCGAUCCGGUAUGACGCGAUCGAAGGAUACGAUUAGUCGGCGAUUCUCCCGUCGUGGAGAAAGGACAGAGCAUCUCAAAGGAUGGGAGCGCGAAGAAGACCCUAUCAUCGGGCAGGCAGAGUCAGGGCACGGUCUCCAAAUUCUCAGAACUGUGCAGUUGAGUGUGAGAAAUGAGUCUAUAGAGCUGUCAGAGCGAGGGGGUUCUAGUUUAUAG